GUAGGGCUGCAAAACAUUUCCAUCGAAAACUUGUACAAUAUUUUAAAAAAUUGUGCCAUCGAUGGUCUUGCAGCCCUAUUUCAAGGUAAAAAUCGCUGCACAGGUGGUAUUUUGUUUGUUGCAUCUAUUAGUGAAGCGAGACAAACCGAGGCCCUAGAUGCUGCGCUUACUCGUAUCCAACUGCAGCCGCAGUGAUCCGCUUAGCAGAUGCCACCUGCUACCCCACCUGCCACUGCCACUACCACUGCCCAGGCGGCAGCUGAGCAGCCGCCUUCAGAAUGCCACACGCCUCCUGCGACAGCAUAUCAAAAAGGAUGUCCGGCUAACGCCAGCGCCAACGCCUCCUCCUAGCUCAUCGAAUGCCAGCCGCUUGAUACAGACCACACGCGCCCUGCUCUGGGGCGGUGGCAGCCUCACCCUGGGUCUGGGCGCCCGUAGCUGGUGGGCAGGGCGCGGGUCUGUACACUGCGAGGGUAGCCGCCUUAUGCAGCACAAACUGGCGGCGAAUGAGGAAGAGGAGCACAAGUUUGACUGGAAACGGCUCUGGUCGUACCUGGAGCCACAUCUUUGGGAGCUGAUCGGGGCUAUAGUUGCAGCCCUUAUAGUGGCAUUCAUCAACAUACGAAUACCAAACAUCCUGGGGGAUCUGGUGGACACGCUAGCCCGCUACGGCAACACCUACGUGAUGGACCCAAUUCACAAUUCGUUUGUUAGGGACGUGAGCAAGCCGGCGACAAAUUUGCUCAGCUUGUACAUGCUCCAGUCGGGGUUCACGUUCCUGUACAUUUACCUGCUGAGCCGCGUGGGGGAGCAGGUGGCGGCCAAGAUGCGCCAGGAUCUGUUCAAGCAGAUCGUGCUGCAGGACAUUGCCUUCUUCGAUGAGAACCGCACGGGGGAGCUGGUCAAUCGGCUCACCGCCGACGUGCAAGACUUCAAAACCUCCUUCAAGCAGUUCGUGGCCCAGGGACUCCGCAGCUCAGCUCAGCUGAUCGGCGGCAGCAUCUCCCUGUUUAUCAUCUCGCCCCACAUGGCCGCUAUCGCCCUGGCUAGCGUGCCCUGCGUGGUCACUUUCAUGUCCUAUCUGGGCCGCAAGCUGCGUUCCCUCAGCAAGAGCUCCCAGGCCCAGGCGGAGCGGGCAACUGGCGUCUGCGAGGAGGCACUCUCCAACAUCAGGACGGUUCGGUCGAGUGCCUGCGAGUACCGCGAGAUGCAGCUCUUCGAGUCGGAGACGAACGAGGCCGCCCGACUCGCCCAGGAGCUGGGCUACGGCAUUGCCGUCUUUCAGGGCCUCACCAACUUCUUCCUGAACACCCUCGUGCUGUCCACCCUGUUCAUGGGCGGCCACCUGAUGUCAACCGAGAGCCUCAAGCCUGGUGCCCUGAUGGCCUUCCUCGUCGCCUCACAGGGCGUGCAGCGUUCCCUCUCGCAGGGAUCCAUCCUCCUGGGCACCAUGAUCCGCGGAAUGACCGCCGGCAGCCGGGUAUUCGAGUUCCUCUCACUGGAGCCGCAAGUGGACCUGCUGCGUGGCUAUGUCAUACCCCAGGAGCGACUCCAUGGGGAGAUACGGUUCGAGAACGUCUCCUUCUCCUACCCCAUGAGACCGGACCAUGUUGUGCUCAAAGACUUUACGUUGACGCUGCGACCCGGCCAGACGGUGGCCCUGGUGGGAGCUAGUGGGUCGGGCAAAUCCACGAUAGCCGCUCUGGUGGAGCGCUUCUACGAGCCCACAACGGGCAACAUCAAGCUGGACGGGUACAAGCUGUCGGACAUAUCGCCCUACUGGCUGCGGGCCAACGUUCUGGGCUUCAUCGAGCAGCAGCCAAUACUGUUUGGAACAUCGAUCCUAGAGAAUAUUCGUUACGGGAAGCCGGAUGCCGACGAAAAGGAUGUUUACGAGGCGUCUAAGCUGGCACAAUCGCAUGAGUUUGUGACGGCUCUUCCGGACGGCUAUAGCACGCAUGUGGGGGAGCGCGGCACCCAGCUGAGCGGUGGACAACGGCAGCGGAUCGCCAUUGCCCGGGCCCUGCUCAAGAAUCCGCGCGUCCUCAUAUUGGACGAGGCGACGAGUGCCCUGGACGCCACCAGCGAGGCCGAGGUGCAGAAAGCCCUGGACACGGCCGUGGAAAACCGGACCACCCUAGUGAUAGCCCACCGUCUGUCCACCAUCAGAAAUGCCGAUCUAAUUGUAGUCCUCGACCAGGGACAUAUUGUAGAGUCGGGCAGGCACGGCGAGCUGAUGGCCAAGCGGGGCCUCUACUACGCCCUGGUACGCCAGCAGGAGCGACGCGACAUCCAGGAGCAGCAGGCGGUUGCUGCCACGACGCAGGCGGCAGAACCCGCAAAUGCACCUACACCCUCUACGGAGGAGGAGCGAAGGCCAAGCACGGCCCAAGGCUGAACUGAACGAGAUGACAAUGAUUCCCUGUAUAUUAAUUUAUUAAUUUGUUAAUAUUUGUAUGUUUUUGAAUUCCAAUUGACCAACAAAACCCCUGGCACGAGACGCUUACAAUAAGUUCACAAUAAAAAAAACACUGAAGACAGUAUUGUUUUUGUUAC